AUGUCUCUUACGCUCGACCGGCUUCCCUUCGAUGUUCUUUUCGCCAUAGCCUCCUACGUGAGCUUAGAGGACGUAAUACAUCUAGGCCUCGUAUGCAGGCAAUUACGACAGCUCUUUUUGUAUGAAAAUACGCUGUGCAGACGGACCAUUGAGAACCAUGCUCGCUUUACGCAAGAAGCACAACGGGCUGCCCAAGGCCAGUUGUCUUAUCGCGAGGCAUUACGCAGUGUGUAUUCCCGGCGGAAAGCAUUUGCUUCUGCGAAGCCAAACUCAGCCUGCGUCAUUGGCUAUGGCUCUUCCUUCAUUUAUCGACAAGGUGUCGUAUGCUACAUGUCUCAGGGCUUGAUGCUCGUACGAAGCCUGCAUGGUAGCACAACGCAUAAGGCCAUCGACAUUUCUUCCGUCCGUGCCACCUUGUUCGGACCUGGUUCACCUCAGGCGGAUUUUCAGCCCGAGGUUUCUCUGCUCCAUUACAGUGACGACUUCGUGUCGAUGCACUACGAUUACACUGAUUAUCUUGACCACAGCUUCCUCAUAGUCAUCGACUUGCUAAGAUGGAACCCAGCGACGGCCCAAGGUCUGAUUAAGCGGCAACUUUCUUCCGCUAAUAAGCUGUUUGUCCGGAACACAUCGGCUUACCUAUACUACGGAACCCACACUGGUACGGGAACCCACGGUCAUCACGAGUGGAAGAUACGAGGGAUGCGUCUGCGUGAAGACCAUUACAUGCCGCCUAAUAUCCCCGCACUACAACUCGACGAAUUUGUGGGCUCUGACGUCGGCUCGACUGUCGCCUUCGAAAUCCACAAUGGUUUCUUUUACGCCGUAAGCAACCAGACCUCGUUCGACGUGGAGGAGGUUGAUUGGACCUCAUUCUACCACUGUAUCCGGUUUCCCUUGAACAAUCCCGUCAAAGAGGCUUGCGAAAUCAAGAAAGAUGUCUAUCGUCGUCAGCAUAAGGAAGGCCCAAUCAACGACUCGUGGACGGAUCUUAGCUUACAGGUCGACGAAGCGACCAAUUCGCUGAGGAUUAUCGAGGCCAGACGUGAAUGGCUGGAUGGCGGUAGCAAGCAACUUCGAACGUUCUACACCCACGAAUCUGUUCCACUGCUACCUCUUCUGCCGCUGGAUGAUCCGCUUGCUCGCACCAUUGGCUCGGGGAACAAUCCGCAUUAUGCACCAGAACGCCCACGGCUGUACCGGCAUACGCACCCCGAACACAGUCAUUCUGAUAACACUAGGAUCUUUCCAGAAUUUAUCCUUUCCAAGACCAAAUUCAAAGCCUAUAAUCACUCCUGUGGCGCAUUCUUAGACCUCGUAGAAGACGCAAACUGUUGUUCCGGCGCGGGACUAGGAACUCCUUGCCUACGCUUGCGUAUAGGAUCACGAAGACCGGAGCCGGUAGAACCCGUACCCAUAGAAGAAAAAAGGAAGGCUAAGGGCAAAGCAACCACUGGUUGUAGCAGCAGUAGCCCUGAAAACUUCAUGCUCCAUAACCCAAGCAAUGCGUCACCUCUUCCUUCGGCCUCUCUCGAUCCCCGCGAUCGCUUCAUGUAUUCCCCGAUCCGCCUGUGGCCACCACCAUGUGCAGCUCCUCAGCUCAAGGCGCCCGACUGCGCGUCUCUGCUCCAUAGAAUCCUCAACGCGCCACUGCCGGCCACCACCACAUCUUCGAAGGCAUCCGCUUACGCGCCGCCUGCUGCUACUGAAAUCCCGCGGUAUGGUGACGGCGAGGGACCGAUCUGUCUCGUGAGCUUCGAUGCGGGCAUUAAUGCCGAGAAGCUUGCAGGAAGAAUGGAUCGGAAUGGUGCCGAGGACAUGGUUUUUAGUGGAAUCAUGGGGCAGAGUCCGAUGAGAAAAGACAGUGCGGUUUCAGGAUGUGGUGAGUCUCCUCCGGAUGGGCCUGUUCUGGUGUGGAAGGGGUGAUUGUGUAGUGAGGGGUU